AUGAUCGUCAGGUCUAUGACUCUCUCACUUGUACAGGUAAAAGUACCGAUGAAAAGUGUAAGCCUCGCGAGGUUCCUGAGACUUGCAAGGAGAAAGAGAAGGCUGGUUGUCAAGGCUCCGAGGGAACUGGUGGAAGUGAGUCUUGCCCUGGUGGUAAGACUGGCAGCUGCCAGGUUGACGCGAGUAUGGAACGAGAGCCUAAACGUGAUAUCACAGAUGGUAAUGGGUCUGACACUAAUGGUGUAG